UCCUGAUAAAGUUAAUGUUACAGAAACAAUACAGCACAUCGCAUUGUCUAAAAACCGUUUUAAGUGUAAUAGCAGUUCAUUAAUUAGAUAUUAAUUAAUAUAUUUAAUUUAACAUGUCUGUGAAGGACCAGAAGGAAUUACAAAAUUAUAUGGAUUUUCUGUUACCACUAGUGUUAGAUGCUGGAAAAGAACUAUUGACCAUAAAUAGUACAGAUGAUUUAAAAGUAGAAGAAAAAAGUAGCCCGAGAGAUCUAGUUACUUUAUACGACAAGAAGAUUGAAAAACUACUGAUUGAAAAAUUAAAAGAAAACUAUCCAGACCACCAAUUUAUAGGCGAAGAAGAAACAGCAGAUAAAAAGAAUUACACACCGCAAUUAACCAAUUCACCGACGUGGAUUAUCGAUCCCAUCGACGGAACGAAUAACUUCGUAAAAAGAAUGCCUAUAUGUGCCAUUUCCAUUGGAUUAACUAUUAAUAAAGAACAAGUUUUGGGUAUUGUUUAUAAUCCAUACGCCAAUGAACUGUAUACCGCCAUUAAGGACAAAGGAGCAUUUUUGAAUGGGAAAAAGAUCACUACGAGUGAAGUAACAGAAAUUCAAAGGAGUGUGAUCAACUACGAACUCUCCUUAGCUACAAUAAGCACUCAAAUGUGCAAUCUCUACAUGUCUAGAUUAAAUUAUAUAAUUGGGGAGAUAUCAGGAAUUCGUUCAUACGGAUGUGCAGCCCUCGGCAUAUGUUAUGUAGCCUGUGGCCGUGUUGAUGCUUAUCAAGCCGAUGCUCUAUAUUCUUGGGAUGUAGCCGCUGCUACUCUCAUAGCCAGAGAGGCAGGAGGAUAUAUUAUAGAUAGUUCAGGUAAACCAUUCGAUCUGAUGAAGCCAAAUGUUUUAGUCGCUUCGAAUAAAAAGCUAGCUGACCAAUACUUGGAACGGUUCGCAAAAGCAGAUAAAGAAAACUGAUAAUGGUGUAAAUCUUAACAACUUAUUGAAUUUAAUUAAUUUAUAACCAAAUCCGUAAAUUUCAUAAAAUGUUUAAUAAUAAAGAAUCAUUUAUAUUUGAAGUUAAGUAAUAAAACAAAUACUAGAAAAC